AUUUAGUUAAAAAGCGAGUAGGUAAAUAGUGAUAAAAUAUUAUUGGGACAACUAUUUUGGUGUGAAUUACUAAAAUGUCUAUAGCCUCAGCCUUAGGUAUUUGCUCGUUAUUGGGAGCAGCUUAUUUAUAUACUCAGGAUUGCAACAUGAUUUUGGUAGAUUCGUCCCAACUUUUAACAGGUGUACCUAUUAAUACAGGACUUUAUUUUGACGCACAUCCUGUUGGCAUAUUAUUAGCUAAGUUCAUAGACUAUUUGAUAAUCAAAGGAUUAAAAUUAACCGAUUUGGAACUCAUUGGUAUCAGUAUGGGAGGACAAGUUAUUGGUAUAGCCGGGGCUGCGAUUAAAAGUGGAAAACCAGCUAAAAUUAUGGCUUAUGAUCCUGCCGGUUUUAAUCAUAACUCAUACCCGCCAGACCAGAGGCUAGACGAAACAGAUGCAGAAUUGGUCAUAGUAAUUCAUACGGAUCCUAAAGUAUGGGGUUACAACCAGUCCUGUGGUCAUGUUGAUUUCUGGAUAAACAGUAAUCUAGAUGUUCAACCUGGAUGUACCACCUUAGAAGCUAUAUUUAGAGGAGCUACUGAUAUAACAGACUAUGUUGCAUGCAGUCAUGUGUACAGUUAUCGAGUAGGUGUAUAUGCUAUUUAUCAUCCAACUGCAUAUCCAGCUUUAAAUUGUACGAGUUACGAUGAUUAUGCAAACGGGCUGUGCAACAAUAACGAUCUCCAAUAUGUUGGUGAUCAAGUUACUAAAUCAGCACAAGGGAAUUACUACGCCAAAGCUGGUAAUGAAGUUUAUAACCCUUAAAAGUAUAAUAAAUUUUAAAAAUGUACAAUCAUACUUAUUAAUUUUAUUCAUAAUAAACAUAAAGAUAAUCUUAUUGAUUUAUUUUUCCUA